AUGGAACGAGUUGUCGAAGAACUUCACAAGGCCUUCAGACGUAAUUAUCCUCGUCAAAAAUUUGACGUGCGUGGCUUAGAUGAGACUUGGCAAGCGGUCCUUGUCGAGAUGCAGCCUUACGCUAGUAAAAACCAAGGUCAUAGCAACCUCAAAGCAUCUAAAUGCGAACGAUUCAAUCGUACUUUAAAAGACCUUUUGUGGAAACAAUUUAGCUCACAAGGCAAUUACAAAUGGUUUGAUGUUUUACAAACGAUGAUCGAAUUAUGUAAUAAUAGAAAACAUCAAACAAUUGGUAUGAAAUCAAAAGAUGUUACUACUAAAAACGAAAUUCGAGUCCUGUUAAAAUUUAAAAAAAGAUGCAAACGUAGCAGCAAACCAAAACCAAAAUUCAAAGUUGGUGAUAAAACAGAAUUAUUUACAAUUGCUAAUGUAGCAGGAACAAAUCCAGCUACGUAUCGUCUCAAAGAUUAUCGAGAUCAACCUAUCUCCGGAGGUUUUUAUGAGCAGGAACUGCAAGAAACAAAAAAUCCUGAUAUUUACCUGGUGGGGAAAGUUCUUCGAAGACGUGGACAGCAAGUUCUUGUAAAGUGGUUGGGUUUCAACAACACUUACAAUAGUGGGAUUGAUAAGCGUAAAUUAUGA